GGACCUGACGAAAUAAAAGUAGCGAUACAACCAAACUCGAUCCCACAGUACCGGUGGCGGCGCUAGCAGCGGCAAAGCGCAGCUUCGGCAUAUUUUGGGAGUUUGAGCUCGGCUUGCGGGCGAGGUCCUCCUGGACGCUCGCCCUUCUCUCUGCCCGCCCCCCACAACUCAAUUCAUUAAGCACACCAGCCUCCUGGCUGAGAAGGACUAAGCUAGUAAACCGAGCUCUGGGUCGCCGGUCGGGAAUAGCCGGAUCACAGAACACGCUGUGUGUGUGUGUGUGUGUGCAAAACUUUUUUUUCCCCUUCCCAACUUUUGGAAACUCAUCCUUUCCCAGGAGUUUUCAUUAGUCUUCAUCAGGACUUCAUAACGAUCGAGAGGAGAAGAAGGGAGACCUUUCUGCGGUCUGAAAACUUAAUUCUAAGCGGCAAGUCGACCCAAACAAAGCUUGCGACCCCCUCGACCAUCGCCUUCUCUUCCUCCUCCUCCAGCAAGCGAAGAUCCGGACGCGAAAAGCCAGCUAGCAGCAUCGUUUUCAGCGCCUGGAUUUUCUGCUUCCCCCCCGUGUGCCUCCCCUCUCCAUCAGGUCGCCCGGAGACAUUCCUUGCUUGGAAAGGCGAUUUCGGUUUCCCCUGCCCACCAAAACAUGCAGAAUUACAAGUACGACAAGGCGAUCGUUCCGGAGAGCAAGAACGGGGGCAGCACUGCCUUGAAUAACAAUCCGACCAAAAGCUCCAGCAAGAAAGCUUUGUUGGUUUGUCUCGACCUCUUCUGCCUCUUCAUGGCUGGAUUGCCAUUUUUGAUUAUUGAAACGAGCACAAUCGCACCCUAUCCACGGGGAUUUUACUGUAAUGAUGAAAGCAUCCGAUACCCUGUGAAAAGUGGAGAGACCAUCAACGACGCUGUUCUUUGUGCUGCAGGCAUUCUUAUUGCCAUACUUGCUAUUAUUAUAGGGGAGUUCUAUCGGAUUCAUUGCCUAAAGGAGAAAUCUCGAUCUUUUAUCCAGAAUCCAUACAUUGCAGCAUUAUACAAGCAAGUGGGAUGCUUUGCAUUUGGCUGUGCUAUCAGUCAAUCCUUUACUGAUAUUGCCAAAGUAUCGGUAGGACGGCUGAGACCUAAUUUCAUUGCAGUGUGUAUGCCAGACUUUACAAAAAUCAACUGCUCCCAGGGUUACAUACAAGAAUAUCAGUGCUUCAAUCCUGAUGAAAGCAAAGUCCAGGAAGCAAGGAAAUCAUUUUUCUCUGGACACGCUUCCUUCUCACUCUACACCAUGCUUUAUUUGGUGUUGUACCUGCAAGCCAGAUUUACUUGGAGAGGAGCCCGCCUGCUGCGCCCAUUGCUGCAGUUCACACUGAUCAUGAUGGCAUUUUACACUGGACUUUCUCGUGUGUCCGACCACAAACAUCACCCCACAGAUGUACUGGCAGGCUUUACACAAGGAGCCCUGGUGGCGUAUUGUAUAGUCUUUUAUGUCUCAGACCUCUUCAAGCAGAAAACCAAGAUGUUGCCGUCUCCUCCCAUCCGGAGGGAGAUAUUAUCACCUGUGGACAUCAUUGACAGGAACAACCAUCACAACAUGGUGUAGACAUUUGACGUAUUUUUAUUUUUAUUAUUUUGUUUUUUGCAAAAUGACUGCUGACAGCAACUACCUGCUGCUCUCAAUCUCAUCUGACAGUAGAAUGUAGGGAGAGAUUUUUGCCUGACCGUAAGGUCUAACUCUGUGGCCUUUUUACUCUUUACAACAUUUGCAUAAAAUGGAUGUUGUUCAGCCAAGUCAGAGGCAACAAUCACAAAACAAGUCAACACAUGCAGGAAUUUCUAAAUGUGCAAUUGGCUGAGUGUUCAUGUUGUAGUGAAUGCUAAAUUGUUCAUACUGUAAUGAACACUAAAUAAUUGUUAGGAAACUGGCCAUCUCUGUUUUCUUCGGUUUUCCUUCCUUCCUUCCUUCCUUCCUUCCUUCCUUCCUUCCUUCCUUCCUUCCUUCCUUCGAAGAUUUGUAAUUUUCUGUUAGGAAAAUGGAACGGUGGUGUAGAGAGACAAACCCUUACUAACUAAAUUAUAGCACUAUGUACAAGAAAUAAGCACUGACAUCGAUUGUGGUCACUUUUUAAGGAUAAUCUCUUACAUAUAUCUAUAUAUCUAUAUAUUUUGGGUUCUUUCCAUUCCAUACUGUGACUUACUUUGGUUUAGAUGAAGCAUGCCCUGUAAAAUAUUAGAAAAUAUUUUUUUCCUAUUGUUCAUUCCUCUGAACAUUCCCUAAUACCACUUUCUAUCUGAUGAGGCAUAAAACAAAAUUGUUUUGGUAAACAGAACUCAGCUGAUUCCCCUGUUUGUAAGAUUCGUUCAGUAUUUGUUCUUGCAAGUGAUACAUCUCUAAACAUUGGAGAAUAAAUAGGAUUAAUCAACUAUGGGACAUUUUAAGAUAUUCAGAAUUAAAUAUCUUUAAUAGGCAUUGUCUAUAAUCCUGUUUGGUACCUCUGGCCUGUGCUUACUCAAUGGCCCAGUAAAUCUUCCUAUCCACUACCACUAACGAUGGAACUGUAUUUUGAACAGUCCCCACUCAUAAAAUUUUUUGUGUGUGGACAGUCUUGUCAAUGUAUGUUAGCACUAUGAGGUCUGGGGUUGAAACUCAGAACACUAAUCCUCCAGGUGGGUGACGGACUGCUGGGCAGAGCCGUCUUAUCCUGAUAUUCAGUUAAAACUCUUCUUGAAUUUCCCAUGCCCUGAAGAAAACAGAAGAUUUGUAGCUAUUCACUACGUCCAUUUCCUCCAUUUUGUCACUUUUGGGGUGAACUGGACCACAGUUCCCAUUAUGAUUGGCAGAGCUGAAUGAAAUGGAGGGAGUUUUAGGAUAUGCAUUGAGUGCACCAGGUUGGGGUGCAGCUCUCAAGAAAACCAAGGGCAGGCAAAGGAGAUGAAUGGCAGCAGAACUAAUUUUGUCCGGGGGGGGGGGGGGUUCUGAAAGACAGAUGUUUAAAAUUUAUUUUAAGAAGUAAACCAAGCAGGCUAACUAAGCAGACUGGCCUUUGCACAUCUUUGCCAUGCAAAAUCCGUCCUAUCAUUUCAAUUCUAGCAAGCUAUGUUUAUAUAUAUAUAUAAAUAUUAUAUAAAUAAUGUAUAAAACAUUACAAAUUAACUAUGUAAAAUAUUAUUUCAAAACAAUGUUAGAUAUAUCCACUAUGAUCAUAAACUGUGUUUUGACCUGUGUUUAUUUACAUGUUGCUGCUUAAAAGGAAAGCAUUGGUUUAAUUUUUUUUAUAUAGUCGAUUAAAAUAUUGUAGUUCUUUGGUAGCAAUAUUUUAAUGAAAAUAACAACUAAAGACAAUUAUAUCAAAUUGUAUUAAAUUGUCUGUAUUUUUGUAAUGUUUCUUUCUCCUUUUUUUGUAAAAAGAAGAAUAUACAAGACUUUUUGUAGAGUACAGAAUUAAAGUUUGUAUUUGCAAAAA